AGUAUGCAUUUUACUAUUAAUUUUUACAUUGUGCAAUGCUAGUUUGCACAAUGUAAACUUGUUUAGCCAUUCUGCAUACAAGUUAAAUACAGGAGUAUUUAACUUGUAUUUAACUUCUGCCUUCCCUUCUGGCCAGGGUCUGAGUCACACACGCAGCUCCCACAAGUACCAUUGUUACAUGACAGUGCCCUCCCAUUCCUCCCAUGCGACUGCUGUGACCACCUCAAACAUCCCAGUUGCCAAGGUGGUGCCCCAGCAGAUCACACACACUUCUCCUCGGAUCCAGCCUGACUACCCUGCCGAAAGGAGCAGCCUGAUUCCCAUCUCCGGACAUCGGGCCUCUCCCAAUCCUGUGGCCAUGGAAACACGAAGUGACAACAGACCGUCUGUUCCCGUUCAGUUCCAAUAUUUUUUGCCAACUUAUCCGCCUUCUGCAUACACACUGGCGGCACACACCUACACCCCAAUCACCAGUUCUGUGUCCACUAUCCGACAAUAUCCAGUUUCAGCUCAGGCUCCAAACUCUGCCAUCACAGCUCAGACUGGUGUGGGGGUAGCGUCUACGGUCCACCUAAACCCCAUGCAGUUGAUGACGGUAGAUGCAUCGCAUGCUCGACAUAUUCAAGGGAUCCAGCCAGCGCCCAUCAGUACCUAGGGCAUCCAGCCGGCCCCCAUCAGGACCCCAGGGAUACAGCCUGCACCACUUGGCACACAGGGAAUUCACUCAGCAACCCCAAUCAACACACAAGGGCUUCAGCCUGCACCAAUGGGUACUCAGCAGCCUCAGCCUGAAGGAAAGACUUCAGUGGUGUUGGCAGAUGGAGCCACAAUUGUGGCCAACCCCAUUAGCAAUCCAUUCAGUGCUGCUCCAGCAGCAACAACUGUGGUGCAGACCCACAGCCAGAGCGCUAGCAGCAACACUCCUGCCCAGGGCUCAUCGCCAAGGCCAAGCAUACUCCGGAAGAAACCUGCCACAGAUGGAAUGGCAGUUCGGAAAACCCUCAUUCCUCCCCAGCCUCCUGAUGUUACUAGUCCUCGAGUGGAAAGCUCUAUGCGGAGUACAUCGGGAUCACCUAGGCCUGCAGGUGCCAAACCCAAGUCUGAAAUCCACGUAUCUAUGGCCACUCCUGUCACUGUGUCCAUGGAGACUGUAUCCAAUCAAAAUAAUGAUCAGCCUACCAUUGCCGUCCCUCCAACUGCCCAGCAGCCCCUACCGACCAUUCCAGCUAUGAUUGCAGCAGCCAGUCCCCCGUCACAACCAGCCGUUGCCCUUUCAACCAUUCCUGGAGCAGUCCCCAUCACUCCACCCAUCACCACCAUUGCAACUGCACCACCUCCAUCAGCCACUGUGGGUGGCAGUCUCUCUUCUGUCUUGGGCCCUCCUGUACCUGAAAUUAAAGUGAAAGAAGAAGUAGAACCAAUGGAUAUCAUGAGGCCAGUUUCUGCAGUUCCUCCGCUGGCUACCAACACUGUGUCUCCGUCUCUUGCAUUGCUGGCAAACAACCUGUCCAUGCUGACAAGUGACCUACCACCUGGUGCCUCCCCAAGGAAAAAGCCUCGAAAGCAACAGCACGUGAUCUCAACAGAAGAAGGUGACAUGAUGGAGACAAACAGCACUGAUGACGAGAAGUCCACUGCCAAGAGUCUUCUGGUGAAGGCUGAGAAGCGCAAGUCUCUUCCCAAGGAGUAUAUUGAUGAGGAAGGUGUGAGGUAUGUCCCAGUGCGUCCAAGACCCCCCAUUACUUUGCUUCGUCACUAUCGGAACCCCUGGAAAGCUGCUUACCACCACUUUCAGAGAUACAGUGACGUCCGGGUGAAAGAGGAGAAGAAAGCUAUGCUGCAGGAAAUAGCUAAUCAGAAAGGAGUAUCCUGUCAUGCUCAAGGCUGGAAAGUUCACCUCUGUGCCGCCCAGUUACUACAGCUGACGAAUCUUGAACAUGAUGUCUAUGAAAGACUUACCAACCUACAGGAAGGGAUUAUCCCAAAGAAAAAAGCAGCAACUGAUGAUGAUCUCCACCGAAUAAAUGAACUGAUACAGGGAAAUAUGCAGAGAUGUAAACUUGUGAUGGAUCAAAUCAGUGAAGCCAGAGACUCCAUGCUUAAGGUUUUAGAUCAUAAAGACUGCGUCCUGAAGCUUCUUAACAAGAAUGGGACUGUCAAAAAAGUGUCAAAAUUGAAGCGAAAGGAAAAAGCCUAGACCCAGAAGAAUCGGGAGAUUGGAAGCAGAAUUUAUGAAGAAUGAUGGUGGGGGUGAGGGGAGGGUUUUGGUUAUUUCCAAAGUGGAACAUUGAAACAAAGGAAGUGUUCCUUCAUUCAUAUGUGAAAGGAGAGGGACCCAUUGCACCCAGUGGCAUGAAAGGAUCAGAGCUGACUGGACACAGUGAGCCACCUUCUUGCGUUUGGGUCCACCCCUGUUAACUCUGCUCUAUGUCCUAAGUGACUUCGGAUGCGUCAGUGUCCACCAGUUGGAAGCAGUGACAAGGAGGGCUGGCUGGUGUUUUUCAGCUGUCCGGUUUAUAGACUGUAUUUAUAUAGUGGAUUCCUGCAGGCCCCAUACCGAGCCUGGACUGAAAGCCUCCACUCGGACCAUCUGUUAUCGCUCUACACUGAAAAUGAAACCUCUUCCACCCACCCUAUUCAGUUCUUCUGCCUGACCUUCAAAUGCCCAUGUUGGCCUUUUACAGCAGUGCCACGGCACCAAGCAAGCUGCCACAUCUCACACUCUAAAGGGUUUGAACUAUUAGUUCUUGUCAUUUUUUAAAAGAACCAUUCCCGUGUGAAAUUGUUAUAUCGUCUGUCUUGCGUGUGUCAGAAUGGGGUUUUUGUGGAGGUUCAGAGCAGGCAACAUCAUAAGUUGCUCUCAGAUCCUUGUUCUGAAGUACAAUCUUGAUUAUCUGUACUUCUGUAGCUGGUGUGAUGCUGUUAAUUGUAUGUACCACACAUCUCCAGACGUUAAUAAAGGACUCAGAGGUUUUUGUAAAAAAAAAAAAAAAAAUACAUACAGGAGUAUUUAACUUGUAUGCAGAAUGGCUAAAAUUACACAAUUCAUAAUACGUAGUUUGUACAUGCAUAUGCAUAUGUAUUUUGUUCUUACUAGAACAGUGAAAAUAUUAUACAAUGUUAACUCAACUGUAUGUAUUUCAUAUGUUAAUAUUAAUGCCUGAUAUUCUAUAACAAUCGUUAGCUUCAUCUUACUGUCACAGGUUCUGGUUUUUAUGUGUGUCCUAUCGGCUGUCAACAUCUCUAUUUACUCAGCCAUAGAAAUAACGUGUUUACUUUAUUCUCAUUUUGAAUCUUGCUGAACUUUCACACAUUGUGUGAGCACCAGAAUUCCAUGCUCAUGGAGAAUCACUUUGUGUGAAAGGGGCAGCAAAGAUUGAGCAACAGAAACAUAUGUCGCACAGUAUCUCCUGGGCUAACACCCAUGUUCCAUUGUACUAUCAGACUUCAGUUACAAAACACAAGUUCAAAGAUACAUUUUUAAAAGAACUUCAAAAUAUGCAUAUUAGAGCAUUAAACCAAGACUGGGGCCUUUCUGAGCAUGGAACCCUGUGGAACUGUACCUCCAAAAUUACAGCCGUAGUCCUAGUAGGGACCCUUGGCUUGUACUUUGGGAAGAUUUCACUGCUUGUAUGUGCUUUCUCUCUCUCUCCUGGUGGGUGAGGUGAUACAGGGAGGAUGCUUUCAAAAGCUGUUGAUGAAUAUUUACAUAGCACCUUUUUAUAGGUGCUGCAAGUAUCUGGCAACUACAGAAGCACACUAAUUCUAAAAACAAAAAUUCUCAGGGUAGUUCUCAGAAAAACAAUAAAGGGAAGAGAAAUCAAAAGCAAUUGAUCAAUGGUUAAAAUGAAUCAGUAAAAUCAGACUUUGAUAAAAACCAUACAUCUAAUCUAUUGAUCAAGGCCAUUUCUAAAUGUUAUUUUUAAUUCAAACUACUGCUAUGCUUAGAAAAAGGUAGUAUAUGAGCACUAAUCCUCAUAGGAAAUACCAAUGUUCUAUAGAUUUUUAAGUGCCAACCCUUAGAGAUAUCUUAUCUGUGCUUUGUUGAUAAUGUGUAUGUUCAUACUUGCUUAUGUUCUAUAUACUUUGAAUUGUGAGCCUUAAUAAAAUAUCAGAUAGUGCUGCUUUAGAAUUCAAUAUUUGUCUCAUUCUAUUUCAAUAUGUAUUAUGAAAUUUAGUGCCAUGUUAGACUGUAGACAUGAGAGACUACACAUCUACUUUAUUAAAGAUGGGCACACUAUUGGCAACAGGAGAGCAAGUAUAACAUUUACAAUUUAAUUGUCUUCCUAGAAGUAAGGAAAGGUUAGAACAUUUAAGCUAGAGAAGUAAGAAUAUUGUGUCUUUCUCUAACUUUGAAAUAAAUAAGAUUUGCAAGGGCCAUACAAUGAUAGAUGUAUUAACAUGAUAAAUGACACAGGUUUGAGAGAACCAAAUACUAUAUCCCAUGUUUUCUAGAAUGUCAGUUACCUCAGUGUAAAGAUAAUAAUGUCUAAUUGACAGGACUGUGAUAAGGAACAAAUGUGAUAAUAUAGACAGUGUAUUAGUGGCUGGUACAAAAUGAGCAGUCAAUAAAUGGCAGCUCUAUAUUAAAGGAACUGAGUAGGUAAACGUGUUAGUAGGGGUGGUAGGAGUAAUAGAAGUAGGAGUAGAUGUAAUGUGAUUCUCAAGGAUCAACAGUUGAGUCAUUUAAUGGACUAAUAAUAAAGAAAGACUGCUUUAGUGUUACUCGUAAAUGGAUAUCUGAAAUUGUCUAAAUAAAGUCAUGAAUAUUUUAAUUUUACUGUAGAGUUUGCCCCCAUAAAUGUAUGUUUGUUACAUCGUUUUCUGGCCCAUGAUAUUGACUGGUGGGAUGACAGAACAUGGGCACUGUCUCAGGAGAUAAUGUGUGAGUUCUGUGUCUGUUGCCUAAACUUUGUUGCCCUAUUCACAUAGAGUGAUUCACCAGCGGCAUGGAAUCUGGGAUUCGCACAAUGUGUGAAAGUUCAGCAAGAUUCAAAAUGUGUGUAAGGUAAACAUGUUAUUUCUAUGGCUGAGUAAAUAGAGAUGUUGAAAGCCCAGAUAGGACAUACUUCCCAUAUGGACCAGAACUUUCUUUGAACUCAGAAAGAAGACAAUGGCUUUCUAAAAAACAUGAAUGACCAAUGAAUCUUAUCACAGCUUUUCUUAUUUAUGUUACUUCCAUUUAGCAGCCAAUUGCUUAUGCUGUCAAUGGUGAUAGAAAACGAAAAGAUGGGAUAACCCAUCACAGCCACCACAAAGAAGUAUUUUGGCACACAGAAUAGAAAUAUGCUCUAGCCAUGCUGUCUUGGCAUAUACUUCUCUCGAGAAAUUCAGAACAAAAGCGCUUAUGCUGAAAGAGCAUUGAUAUUCACUCAAUAGGUCAGGGUGUGGAAACCUAGAGUGGAUUGACUGUGUGUGUAUGUGUGUGUACGUGUGUAUGUAUAUAUACACACACAUAUAUAUAUAUGUCAUACACACACAUACACACACAGUUUGUUCUUCACUCAUUCACACAACUAUGGUUUGUUUAGCAUUGCCUAUGUGCAGAAUACUGUAUGGUGGAGAACAUACAUAUUAUAAAUAUCAACCAGAUAGGAAUCUUCACUUUGAAGAGCACUUAGAGGUGAAAAUAAGACGUCUGUGGGAAUAACUACAUCAUAAGUCAGAAAAUAUUUACAGCCAACACACACACACACACACACACGCACACACACACAUGCACACACACACGCACACACACACAGGUUUCAAAAAGCAGAUGAAAUGCUUUAUGUUCUUUAUAUGAUUAUGCUUCAGGAAAACUAGUUUUAGUUAAGUAAAAUCCACAAGAUAAAUGAAAUAGGUCAUUAAGUUAAAAAUAAACAUGAAGUUAAAAUUUUUUACAAAGCAAAAGUAACCAGUUAAAAUAUAUUGGGAAAACAACAAAUUCAGAAUGGCCAGAAAAGCCUAACAUAUUUAGUAAUAAGUCUAACAGGCAGGGCAAUGUGGACAUUUUGAAGAUGGAAGGAACGGUAUUUCAGAUGAAAGAACAGGCUAUGUAAAGGCACAGGAACUGAGAAGUGAACAGGUGUCAUAGAUGAGAAACAGUUUGUAUCUUAGAGCAGUGCUUCUCAAAUUUUAAUCGGUAUAUCAUCACCUGGGGAUCUUGGUAAAAUGCAGAUUCUGAUUCUGGGAUGGACCUUUAGAUUCUAAGUUUUUAACAAGGCUCUCAGGUGAUGUCAAAGCUGCCAAUUAGUUGAUCACAGUUUGAGUAGCACAGAUUUAAAGUAUAUGAAACAUAACUAGAGAAAAAAUAGAUUGGAACUUUAUUAAGGAGAAGAAUGAUACCAGGCUAAGAAGUUUGGGCUUCAUUAUGUAAAUAAUAAAGAUUUUUGAAAACAAUAUGUUUUAUUAAUUCUGAGCUCUAGUAGAGUUAAUGAAGAAGAGUAUUUAAGAUGGGGCUUUUUUGCUGAAUUGAACAUUUCUGAAAGAAGAAUAAACACCUGCAUUCUCCCAACAAAAUCAGAAGCUCUUUGUACAUGGGUGCCCAGAGACUUUCUUCCUUAGCAACUCCCCUUCCUGGUUGGAUGUUUUAAAAUAAUAGUGUAUAUAACUUUCUCGGGUUUGAAUCACUAAGGUCCACCUAGGGGAAUGUUUCUAGGAGACCAUAUGGUUACUCAGUUUUUAUUAAGCUGGGUAGAGAGAAUUAAUAUUAUAAAUUCAAUUUUAAAAUAAGACUAAGAAUCAAACAAUACAUUAGCAUCAUAGUAAAGCAUGAUUUCUCUCUUAUAAAUGCAGGAAUAUUUUAAUAUUUAAGAUUCGAUUUCUUCCUCACUAUUGCCCGUGUUGGUAUAUCACACUACUGUACAUCCAUUUGCUUUGCCAGGAACCUGAGAAACAUCCUUAAUUUCUGCAUCCCCCUUAUCUCCCAUGUGCAGUCAUUCAUUAAGUCCUGUGGAUUCUACAACCCUGGGCCAGACACAGUGGGUCACACCUAUAAUCUUAGCACUUUGGAAGCCAAGAUGGGAGGAUCACUUGCGGACAAGGAGUUUGAGAUUCUAUCUCCCAAAUGUAUUUCAAAUGUAGUGAUGGCUCUCUGCCCACUCUGCCCUCAUUCUAUCCCAGGCAGUCAUUAGUACUUGCCUGGACUACUGUAAGAGCUUCCCAAUUUCCUCUGUUUUACUGUCUUUCACAACACAUUGUUCUCAAAGAGAGUGAGAUCAUAAAAAUAUAAAUCAAUCGAGCCAUGCCUCUGAUUUAAACUAUUCAAAGGCUACCCAUUUCCAUUUGAAUACGAUCCAAACUCUUCACUAUGGCUUAUUAAGCCAAUUUGUCCUCUUUGUAUCUCUCUUAUUUUAUAAUAAGCCACCCUUCCCCAUCCUGCCUCAUCCACCAAAAAACCUUAAGCCACACCACCCUUCUUGUACUUUCCUAGAUUCCAUCUAGUGAUUCUUUGCCUUAGGGUUUCCACACAUAUUUGUCACUCCAAUUGGAUGAUCAUUUCAGAAAAGCCUUUCCUCACUACUUUAUGUAAGUGAAAGUCUCUCACAUCCCCAAAACUUUACAAAUGUAAAGUUCCUUCUUGUAGAUUUUUUAUAUACCCUCAAUAUAUUAUAAAUUAUGUAAAGGUAAAUCCUCUGUCUUUUUCGAUUGCCUAUUCUAAAUGGCUAUAAUACCAUAUCCACUUGUUAAAAUAUUUGUUAAGUACCUAAGAUGUUUUAUAUUCUAGAGAUACUGUUUUAAGUUACAGAGAUACAGUGGUGAACAAAACAGAAAGAAAUCCUUGACUUCAUGAAACUUGUAUUCUAGCUGUAGGAUACCGACAAUAGAUAAAUUAAAAAAAACUUGGUGAAAUGUAAAGUAUAUCAAAUGGUGAUACGUUUUAUGGUUAAAAAAAUAAAGAUCCAGAAAGGCAAAAUAAAAUGCUGGAUAUGUGUAGGUGUUACAAAUUCAAGUGGGAAUAUGAUACUGCAGGUCUUACUCUGUCAUGUUACUAGAUGAAAGUUGCAAAACUUCUUUCUAUAUGUAUGCAAAAAGGUAUAAAUUCAACUAGCAAUGUGGCUGAAAAUACAUCUAAAAUACUUUUUGAGAUUCUAUUUGAUACAAAUAGCCAGAAUUAUGCAUUCCCAAAUAGUUCUAAUAAAGCCAGAAAGAAGUUACAGAUGCCAACCAAUUCCAUUUAACAAUGGUCUAUAAGUGCUUAAAGUUAAAAAAAAAAAGGGUAAUUUAAUAAGGAAACAAGUUAAAAAAGCAAACCUUUUUAAAAACAUGGGUACUAGAAAAGAAAUAUGAUUAUUUUUAAAUAAUGUAACUAUAUUCAUGGAAAACCAUUAUAAUCAAGUAAACAUAUGUUAGAACUAAUAAGUAACCACCUAAAACAUAAGAAUUUAAAAACUAGAAACUUUUGUAAGAAAAAUCACAUUCAUAGCAGCAAGAAUAAAACAACAUGUUUGAGAUUUUAUUUUAAAAGAAAUGUUGAGGCUAGGUAUUUUGGCUCAUGCCUAUAGUUCCAACUAUUUGGGAGGCUGAGGCAGGAAGAUCGCUUGAACCCAGGAGUUAGAGGCAUCAUGAGAUACGAUUGUGCCAUUGCACUCCAACCUAGUGGGACCCUUUCUCUAAAAAAGAGAAAAAAGAAAAAAAGAAUAAAUGUUCAGAAGAUGAAAUUACUAAAGAUACUUUUCUAAGGUUGAAUGAUUUGAGAGAUAUAAUCUCUAUGUGAAGGAAAAUCCAAUCAUUGAAAAUAUGUAAACUUUAAAAUUCUUCUCUAAAUUUAACUAAAUCAAAAGUAAAGUAGGGCAUACAUGGGAAAGUAACAAAAUAAAUUUGAGAUUUGUGUGGAAAAAAUAGAAGUAUCAGACUAUUUGGAAAAAUAUGUUUUAAAUAAUGAAAAAAAGAAGUUGAAUUUUCCCUACUCAGAAUUAAAAUAUAUUAAAAUCCUAUAAAACUCAAAACAGAGUAGUACAAUGCAGAAGUCAACAAAAAAUGCAGUGGAACAGAAUUGAGUUUAGAAAUUGCCCACACAAAUGUGGAAACAUAGUGCAUGAUUACGCUGGUAUUUUCAAUUAAUAGAGAAAAUUUAUACCUUACUUUUAAUGGUAUUGAUUUACAUAAUAACUAUUAAAGAAUGAAACAUCUCCUGUAUACAUCAAAAUAAUUUUAUAUCAAGCAAGAACUUGUUUUUAAAAAUGUGAGAAAAAAAUUAUACUGGUGUAUACUAAGAUAUAGUAUGUUAAUAUUUAUAGAAUCCCAGAGCAUGGUACCAAAGGUAGAAACCAUAGAAAGAUUGAUAAAAUUUGUCUUCAAAUAAAUUAGAAACUUUUUUUGUACAACAGACAAGUACCCAAAAUAAAAAGCAAUGUUUAUUGUAAGAGUGUUUGCAAUAUAUAUGAGAAAGUAUUAAUAUAGCUAACUUUUUAAUGGGCAAUUAAGGGAAUGAAAAAAUAAAACUAGGAGGAAAUAUUCACAAAACACAUACUUGGUAAAAAAUUGGUACACAAAAUAUAUAACCAGUUAUUAAAAUCUCAUAAUAAUAAACAAAUGAACCUGUUAAAAAUGGGUAAGAUAGGAGCAGACACUUCAGCAAAAGAUAUACAGAUGGCAAAUCAUAUGAAAAGAUGCUCAACAUCAUAUGUCAUUAAGACAUUACAAGUUGAUAUACUGAUGAGAUAGCACCACAAGCCUUUUAGAAUGUCUAAAAUUUAAAACACAACAUCAAAUGCUGGUAAGGAUGUGGAGCAACAGAAAUUUUCAUCCAAUGUGCUGGGAAUAAAAAUGGUAAAACUGGUUAGAAAGGCAAUUUGGGAGUUUCUAACAAAACUGAACAUAGCCUUACCAGAUAGUCCAACAACCACUCUCCUUGGCAUUAAGCAGAAUGAGUUGAAAACUUAAGUCCACACACAAAAAAAGAAACAACAACUGUGCACAAAUGUUUAUAUGAGCUUUAUUUAUGACAAAAAAAUUAAAAGCAACCAAAACGUCCUUCAAUAGGUGAAUAUAUGAACAAACUGUGGUAUAUUCAUACAAUGGAAUCUUAUUCAGCUUGAAAAAGAAAUAGUUAAGUCACGAAAAGACAGGGAGUCAUCUUAAAUGUAUAUUACUAACUAAAAGAAGACAAUCUAAAAAGGCUAUGUACUAUAUGAUUCCAACUAUAGGACAUUCUGGAAAAGAGAAAACUCCGGAGACAGUAAAAAGAUCAAUGGUUGUCAGGGGUUGGAGGGAAGAGGGGAUGAAUAGGCAGAGCACAGGGGAUUUUUAGAGCAGUGGAACUACUCUGUGUGAAACUGUAAUGGUGGACAAUUGUCAUACAUUUGUAAAAACCCAUAGAACUAUCCAAUACAAAGGUUGAACCCUAAUGUAAACUAUGGACUUUAGUAAAUGAUAAGGUAUUGAUACUGGUUCAUCAAUUACAACAAAUAUGACAUACCAAAUGUAACUUAUGGAAGCUAUAUUAUAGGGAAGCUGGGGGAGGGAG